AUGUUAGGAAAAUCUGAAGUGGGUCAGAAGAGCUCUAAACAGAUGACUUCUCCUAAAAAACUCUCUGCUUGUUGUUUUCCCUCGACGAAUGGAGCAAAACCACGCCACAACUUCCAAUUGGCCCAUCCCCACCGCCGCUUCCUCCUCCUCCCACCAAACCUCCAAAUCAGCAACUCAAAACCAAUCGAAUCUCACAUAGCAAAUAAACCGGUUCGGAAGAAAUUGAAAUCAAAGAGGAUUUCAAGGACCCGCCAUCUUGACGAAAUUACAACCCACCCGCCAGACGAUUACACCGACAGGGAUGACGAAAUCAGGCCCGCCGACGACGACACUCGUCACCCGGACCCCCGACACCCAGUCCUGAAUUCUGAGUCCAGUAAGGAUAAAGUCAUAGGAAUAGAAGAAAAAUUUUCUAGUGUGGUGGGGGAGAUAAGUGGGUCUAGGGUUAAACUUGAACAGGAUAGUGCUGACAUGUUGGGUGGAAAAGAAAAUCUUCAAAUAGGAGAACUUAGCGAGAAGGAGGUUGAGGGUGAGAUAGUGAAAGCUUUGUCUAUGUCUGAUCCUAUGGAUCUUGAGUCAAACAGACAGUGUCCCGAAACCUCUUUUGCCCAAACCUCUAGAUCUAGCGGCAAUAGGGUUGCUAGCACCGCUAGGAAUUACAUGUCUCGGCUGGCUGGGACUAGCAGCGCUAAACCUGACGUGGCGCGAGUGAUGUUGGUCUGGCGGACUAGAGGCGCUAGGCAAGCUGGUACUAGCGGCACUAGGCCAGCUAGCGGUGUUAGCCCCUGGAGCAGCGCGGACGUUAUCCCUUAG